GGGGCGGGCUGCAGGGACGGGUCAGGUGCUCUGCGCUUGAGGCUGUGUGCAGGUGAGGCAAAGGGAUCCGACAUCCGCCCCCUUGCUUCCACCACCUCUUGGUCCCAAACGCUCCAGGACAGAUCAAUCUCAGCGCGGGUUACCUUAUGCUGAGCUAAUCAAGGACCUGGGAAAAUGAUUCCAGAGUUUCUCCUGGUGUCUUGCACAUUGGCUGCUCUGUGCCAUUCAGUUCCCCUCUCUCUGCAGACAGAACAGCAGAAGGUUCUGGUAGUUUCCUUUGAUGGAUUCCGCUGGGAUUACUUAUAUAAAGUUCCAACCCCUCAUUUCCAUUAUGUCAUGAAAAACGGUGUCCAUGUGAAGCAAGUCACUAAUGUUUUUAUCACGAAGACCUACCCUAACCAUUACACUUUGGUCACUGGUCUCUUUGCAGAGAAUCAUGGGAUUGUUGCAAAUGACAUGUUCGAUCCUGUUCUGAACAAGUCUUUCUCCUUGGAGCACAUGAAUAUUUAUGAUUCUAAGUUUUGGGAAGAAGCCACACCACUGUGGAUCACAAACCAGAGGGCAGGGCACGCUAGUGGUGCGGCCAUGUGGCCUGGAACAGACGUCAAGAUUCACGAGACUUUCCCUACCCACUACCUACCGUACAAUGAGUCUGUUUCCUUUGAGGACAGAGUUGCUAAAAUCAUUGAAUGGUUUACAGCCAAAGACCCCAUCAAUCUCGGUUUUCUCUAUUGGGAAGAGCCGGAUGACACGGGCCACGAUGUGGGACCUGACAGUCCCCUCAUGGGGCCUGUUAUUUCUGAUAUUGACCACAAGUUAGGGUAUCUGAUAAAGAUGCUGAAAAAGGCAAAGUUGUGGAAUAAUAUUAACCUCAUCGUCACAAGCGACCACGGGAUGACCCAGUGCUCUAAGGAAAGGGUGAUAGAACUUGAUCAAUACCUGGACAAAGAGCACUACACCCUGAUUGAUCACUCACCUGUAGCUGCCAUCCUGCCAAAAGAAGGUAAAUUUAAUGAAGUCUAUGACGCGCUGGCCAAUGCCCAUCCUAAUCUAACGGUCUACAAAAAGGAAGAGAUACCCGAAAGAUGGCAUUACAAACACAGUGACCGAGUCCAACCGAUCGUAGCGGUGGCUGACGAAGGGUGGUAUAUUUUGCAGAAUAAGUCAGAUGAAUUCCUGUUAGGCAACCAUGGUUAUGAUAAUGCCUUAGCAGAAAUGCAUCCAAUAUUUUUAGCCCACGGUCCUGCCUUCAGAAAGAAUUUCACAAAAGAAGCCAUGAACUCCACAGAUCUGUACUCACUGGUCUGCCAUCUCCUCAAUGUCACCGCCCUGCCACACAAUGGAUCAUUCAGGAAUGUCCAGGAUCUUCUCAGUUCAGCAGCUCCAAAAGCAAUUCCUUACACACAGAGCACCACGCUCCCCCCUGGCAGUGCCAAGCCAGGAGAGUAUGAGCAAGAGGAGUCGUACCCUUAUUACAUAGGCAUCUCUCUUGGCAGCCUUAUAGCUAUUGUUUUCUUCGUAGUUCUCAUUAAGCAUUUAAUACGCAGUCAAAUGCACACCUUACAGUAUAUGCAGGUCGAAGUCGCUCAACCGUUACUCCAAGCUUAGCGCUCCUUGGACACGGGAUUCCGGACUGAAGUGGAGGGUGCGAAAUUCUUAACAGUGGUGACCCUUCAGCUUCUGGAAAGCGAGUUACGGAUGUCUGCAUAGGCCACCAAGCAGUUAACCCUUACGUGGGCACAGUCACACAUACGCACAUGCACACAGACCGAUCAAAACACCCCGGCCCGCAAAUGGUCAGAGACGUAAGGGUACCCCUCUGUGGCUUUCUUUGGCUCAGUAGGUAGAUGGUGCUCUACUUGGGGUUGGCACACGUGAUGUACAUACAUACUCAACAACUUUGCACUAUUAAAGGUACCUAAGAUGGUGUCCUUUCACUAUCCUAGUAGGUCCUUUUUCCUCUGACGUGCACUUUAGAAACACAUCUAGUAGCUUGGUU